GUUUUUUUGUACGGCAUACAUCUAAACUCAUCCCUUCAUCAACAUCCAAAACCCCGCCAACAUUUAUUCUUCACUAUUUCUUUUUUUUUUAUAAUUUUCUUCAAUUCUGUAGCCUGGCGCUUAGUUAAAUCUAAAAAGGUUACCCCAUAGAUACCUUAGGUACUUUACCGUAACAAUAUCCAAAUUUGUGUACAGAGCAAAGGUCAGCCCGCCAUGAAGCUCGACACCAAGGCCAUGCGCCACCUCGCAGCGGAGGACUGGAGAGUCCUAACAGCUGUCGAGAUCGGCAGUAGAAACCAUGAAAUCAUCCCCACCCCUCUUAUAGAAUCUCUCUCCAAAUUGCGCGGCGGCAGCAAUCGCGUGCACAAGUCCAUAUCCGCCCUGGCUAAGGUUGGCUUGAUCGCGCGGCUGAAGGAGGCAAAGUACGAUGGGUACCGACUAACAUACGGUGGCCUGGACUACCUGGCACUGCAUACGUAUGCGAGCCGUAAGGAGGUGUACAGUGUAGGAAACCGAAUCGGCGUCGGCAAGGAGAGUGAUAUUCUAGUCGUGGCCGACGAGUCCGGCACACAACGCGUGCUCAAGAUCCAUCGAUUAGGUCGUAUCUCGUUUCGCACAGUCAAGUCCAACCGCGACUACCUCCGAAAGCGCCAGGGCGGCAGUUGGAUGUACCUGUCACGGCUAGCCGCUGAAAAGGAGUACGCCUUCAUGUGCGCCCUGAAGGAAGAAGGCUUCCCUGUGCCGCAGCCUAUAUCCCAGAGCCGUCACACUAUCCUCAUGCACUUCAUCGAUGCCUUUCCCUUACGUCAGAUUUCCGAGGUCCCUGACCCUGCCGCCUUGUACGCCGAGUUAAUAUCCAUGAUUCUGCGACUAGCCAAGCAUGGUCUAAUCCACGGCGACUUUAACGAGUUCAACAUUUUAAUCAAAGAAGAGCGGGGGGAGCCAGACGCGUCCGCUAAAGGCAAAGGAGUCGAGAGCACGGUAGACGAGAGUAAGCAGAGUUACACAGUGACGCCCAUUCUCAUAGACUUCCCCCAGAUGGUAUCCAUGGACCAUCAGAAUGCCGAGAUGUACUUUGACCGAGACGUCAACUGCGUGAAGAGAUUUUUCGAGAGGCGCUUUCACUUUGUGAGCACCCAGCCAGGGCCCUUCUUUAAGGAUGCCAAGAAGACGGUUGGCAAGGACGGGGCCAAGAGGCUCGACGCUGCGGUUGAAGCUUCUGGUUUUUCAAAGAAAGCUCUUAAGGACCUCGAGGCUGCUAUAAGAGAGCAGCAGGAAACAAGAGGAGAAGAGGGUAAUUCAGGAGACGAGUAUGACGGAGCAUCCACAGACGAAGAGGAAGAGGAGGGUGGUGAAAAUACCGAAACAGAUGAGUCAGAUGCUGGCAAAGAUGAUCAAGAAGCAGAUCUCCAUAAGAUAGAGAUGGAGAAGCUUUCGAUUGAAACUAAGACGUGAACAAGCAAAUAAACAGGCAGUUUACUUAGAACUGAGCAAUUGAUACCCCUUUAUCUGAACCUCAUAACCAUUACGAAUGUCCUGAAGUGUACAGCGGGCCUAUAGUUUAUUGUAGGG